UUGAGAGCUGAAAACAUGGCGCUGCGCAUCGGUUUUGCUGGCAGAAGAGAAACAGUGCUGGGGAUCAGUCGUCUGCUCUUGGCUGCGGUGCCCUGGUGUCAGUCUAGUCAACGUACCCACCAUACCCUUGGCACCUCGCUGAAGUACAUACCACGCCGUGCCAUGCUCUACGUACCUGGCAACGAUGAGAGAAAACUGAGGAAACUGACUUCGCUGGAUGUGGACUGCGCCGUUCUCGACUGUGAAGAUGGGGUCGCCCUCAACAAGAAGGAUGCAGCUCGGAAAACCAUCCCAAAGAUGUUGGCAGAGCUUGAUCUGGGGCGUACAGAGAAGUGUGUACGGGUGAACUCAGUAUCCAGUGGCCUGGCUGAAGCUGACCUCGAGGUUAUUCUGCAGGAGGAGGUGCUGCCCACUGCUGUCAUGCUGCCAAAGGUGGAGGAAACAGGAGAGGUGCAAUGGUUUGUUGACAGGUUUGAGCAGUACUUAAAAGGCAGAGAGCUAAAGGAACCCAUCCGCUUGGUCACCUUUGUGGAAACUGCUGUGGGUCUGCUAAAUUUUAAGGCAGUGUGUGAAGUACUUCGAGAUCUUGGGCCAAAGGCAGGUUUUCAUCAUGAUGGAGUUGUCUUUGGGUCAGAUGACUUCUGUGCCAGCAUAGGUGCCACACGCACCAAAGAUGCUAAAGAACUCCUGUACGCACGGCAGAAAGUGGUGGUCACCACCAAAGCAUUCGGUCUCCAGGCAAUUGACCUUGUUUACAUCGACUAUAAGGAUGUGGAAGGACUGAGGCAGCAGGCCAGAGAAGGCGCGCUCAUGGGCUUCACUGGAAAACAAGUGAUCCACCCCAACCAGAUCAAGGCUGUUCAAGAGGAAUUCACCCCCAGUCCGGAAAGAAUCAAGUGGGCCAUGGAGCUUAUCACUGCAUUCGAGGAGCAUCAGAAGUUGGGAAAGGGGGCUUUCACCUUUCACGGCAGUAUGAUUGACAUGCCAUCUCUGAAGCAAGCUCAGAACAUUGUCACAUUGACUUCAGCUGUUCAGGGGAUGUGAGCUAGACGAGUUCCUCAGUCAUCAAAAUCUGCACCAUGCUGGCAACAAACUGUGUUAUGCACUUCACAUCAAUGCCUAAAAUGUGUAAUUUUUUUACCAACAGCAGAAAAGAUGUACCAUACAAUAUGUUCUGUCUUGAUUGCAAAGUAAUUGAAGUUCCACUUAAGUCAUUUUGGUUGUGUUGACUAUUUUUUGUUUGUUUGAUUUGGGCUGCUGAAAUUUAUUGUAGUAGCAUUACUAUUUUAUGCAUUAGUUUGUGAUUGUGUGUGUGCCAGUGCCCACCCCCCUGCCUCUCCUGUGUCAGGACAGACGAUUGUGCAUGGCAAAGGUUGUGCAUGCCCACUGAAAGGGCAAACAAACAGAGCUGCCAUGCCGUUGAGCUUCCAUUCAGCCUGAAGACUCCUCCAGGCCCCUGUACAUCAAAGUGCUGUUUGCCAAGAAGUCGGCAUGAAUUUACUAAAACCAACAGAGAGCAAAUGAGUCUGCAAGCCCAUUCUAAAUUGCAGGCCUUUGUUUCAGGGGACUCUGUUAGCCAGUCUGUUCUCUAAGAGAAGGCCUGAAUGUGUCUGCUGCCUGCCGUAAGCUCUAAGCUGACCUGAUCAGCGGUGAGGCACACAUUUGCAAGCAAACACGUACACAAAGGGCUCUGCAGUUUGUCCUUUCUCCUUUAUGUAAAUAUCAGCAGUUUUCCGUGCUUUCCUUGGCUUUUUAAUCCCGGGAAGUGGGUCCCAUCACUCCAUCCAGUUUAUAAAUUGCCGUGAACUUGCCCAAGCACUAAAAAGACGUGCUGCCGUUGUCAAUUUUACCCAUGUUCUAAACACGCUUUGUCAAGAAUGCCUCUUUUCAAAUAAAGCUCCAGGAUGUCUCUUGAGAGCAUUGUUGUUUUUUAAGUCACAUUUGUUAUGAAUGCAUCUUACAGUACACACGGUUCCCACUCCUUGCUGGCCUUUGGCUCCCACGGGCUGAUGAGACCUUUGGCAGAAAUGACUGGGGUGGAUUUGUCUGGGGUGGGGGAUGGUUGAUGGUUUCGUUAGUCACUAUGGUAAUAAAACCCUUCACAAGCAGGACUUGAUAUGGAAUGAUCAAUAGAGUCUCUGGUGAGCAUCUCGGUCCCAAGCUCUGUGCCAGCCAAAGGAUGCAGACAGAAAGAAAGAAGCCUCCACUGUGAGCAGCCCAAAGGGCCGGCAGUAAGCUGACGGCCUGGCACCCAGCCCACUCUUCUCUCCCUGUCUUCUCUCUCCCAUGCUCUCUGCUGUAUGCAUUCAUUUAAUUUUCAUUUUCUUUUUUGACUCAUGUCAGACAGGCCCCUUUGCUCUCCUAAACACUUUUUAAACAAGUUUUGAAGACUCUCAAUCAGAACUUGAGACAGUAGGAUCAAUAGGCCAAUGCACAUAGAUGAGAGAGAUUAAUACAGAGCUACUUGGAUGCAUUGUGGCAUAUACUUCGGCCAACAGACUUGUUAAAAAAAAUAUAUAUAUAAUAUAUAUAUAUAUAUAUAUAUAUAGGAAUAGGAAUAUUGGACUAAACACAACCCAGCCCCACACAAGAGAUUGGAUGAUGCUGACCUCUGACUUAGUCACAUAAAACUUUCUAGGAAAUCAGUUUGAUUAGUUGUUUGUUGAUUGAUAUGUCACUAAAGUGGACUUCUGUGUGUCUGCCCCCUCCCCUGAAACAGCUACUUUAGUGGUUAUUCUGCCUUUACAAAAGCGUACAAAUGUGUGUAUUUAUUGUAUUUACUGUUUGUAACUGAGAUGUGUGAUCAUUUUCCAUUUUGCACCUUAUUUUUUAUGCAAAGUGAAAUUUUAUUUGCCAGUAGAAUUAAUCCUGUAUCUGUACACCAAAGGCAGUGGUAAUUUUAUUAAUUAUCUUGAAACUGAUCUGCACAGUGAAAGAAUUUGGGUUUAAAGGAUUUGAGGACAGUAGAGCUCAGCAAAACGCUACUUCCUAAUUCUAUGUCAUUUUUCAUGACAUUUCUAUUAUGCCUCUAACUUGACAUAAUCUUUUCAGCUCACAAGGCAGAAUUAUUUAAAUACAUUUACUAGUAUUCCCAAAGAGAGUACAAUACAAUUAACAUGAAUAGGACCUUACCUAAUCUUGACAGCACUCAAUUAGGCUUGAAACACAGUCCUGAUGGUUAUAUGCUGAGAUUGCUCUCAUAAAUUAUCUGAUAUCAACCCAGCAGAGAAAAUGCAUGUAUGCAAAGUGCUUUCAGAGGAAAAUUAAAAGGAAACGUUUUACAUAUUUUUCAUUAAUCUCAAUGGGACCCGUGUGGCAGGGAGGAUUUUACUUGCCUAAUUUCUCACCAAGGGAUCUCCCAAUAAUUACUUUAUUCUUUUACUAGACAAUAUUUGACAAACUCAUUUCAACAAAGAUGAUUUCUCCACAAUAAAACAAAUCGUUUACAACAGGGGCAGGCAGCAACCAUUUUGGAAAUAAUGUAUAACUGAAAUUAAAUUGAAUUUAUUGCCAAUGAGGAUAAUGAGAAAAAAAAUUAACUCUAAUAAUGCUUAAAAAUGUCUAGGGUUUUUUUUUUUUUUCAUGUAGGUAAUGUGCUAGAAUUAUAUGCAGAGAACAUUAUAAAAUAUACUGUAUAUAUUAACCAUAUUCUGAAUAGUAACUGAAUAAUGAACUUCCUAAAUAAUAACUAGGUGGUGAUAAUAAUAAUAAUAAUAAUAAUAAUAAUAAUGUGACUGAAGGAUUAUGUAUUGCCCAGCAGAUGCUAAAGGAGUUUAAUUCAUACUUGUUCUCAUGUUUAAAUAUAGAUUUAAACUAAACAUUUUUUCCUUACAAACUUUUUAAAUGGCUGUUCUUUUUAUUAAAACCAAAUUAUUUACGCUUUCAAAGGGUAGACUGCUAUAUUGUUAUUUUUAUUGUUAUUAUUAUUAUGCCUUAUUUCUGCUUUUGCUUCAUUUUUCUUUAUUUUUGCUCAACGUCAUGAUUUUACAAGCAAGGGCUGUUCAGACUAGCUACUUUAAUGUUUUGAAAUGUAGCGUAUAUUGUGUUGGUGUAUGAGCCAGACACAACUCAGUCAAACUUAGAUUGUUGAUGGUAGCAUAGUUACAUGCAUCAGCAAAAUGUCAACAAGGUUUUUACGGCUUUAAAUGCAAGAGUAAUUUUCAGUAUAAAGGCACACCAAAAUAGCCUAGUGUUCCUUAAUUCUGUAGCAACUUUAAGUUUUCGCUUUUCCUAAUUUUUAAUUAUUUAAAUUGGGCUAUUUAAAAAAGUUAUAUUUAUAUAUAAAGUAAUUACUACAUAUUUACAUAAACCCAUUAUUUGAAAUGGAGAAAGAUCAAAGGGCAAACCCCAGUAAACCUUCUCCGGUCUUUGUCUGCGGUUGCUAUGGCUUCGAGUUGAGGGGCCAAGUAAAUCAGACACGAUACAGUGCGACAAAAAGUCUCCGAUAACUUUUUCAUUUUUAGUCGGCUUGACCCAACAUACCCUUUAAAUUUAUUUUCUUACCAUGAACUUUCAUGAAUAGCUAAUGUCCAAGGAUGAUGUUUAUUCAGCUGCUGCUGCUGCAUAAUUGUCUUUUUCCAUAAAAGUUCACUCUCUGUCAUUGCUAAAUAUUGUUCUGAUUAUUAUUAUUAUUAAUCUAAUCUAAUCUGAAACGUAGGCUGUCAUUACCUGCUAAAUUGAUGUCACGUAUUGACUUGCAUGAGUGCAUUAUGAAAAUAGUUUGUAACUUUUUAAUAUUCACAUUUUAUUUGAAUUAUCUUAUUCUUGAUCGUCACGUCAGGCCUGUAGAGCACUAUUAGCAGAUGCAAUUUCCACUAUACACUGUUCAGACUUUGGAACAGCCCAUGGGUGGAUUCCCCAAUUACAGGCCCCCCUGCAAAUUGACUUUUCCUUCUGUUGUGACAAAAUGGUGCAAUUGUCGCGUAGCCUCCAGGAUAAUCAUCGCAUCAUGGUUUUAUGUAUAUUACAGCGGCUGGCUCAUUAUCACACAACUGCUCGUGAAUUAGAGAAAUUAAAACAAUUCCGCGAUAUCUUUCAUGGAUGCGAUAAAAUAGAUACGCUUUUGAGUGCUAGUGAGCUUGCUGUGUGUCUUGACUGCUUGGCGCAGCUUGUACUAUCUCACCCACUGGUUUUCUGAUGAAAGAAGAACAGAACUUUAAGAAGUGUGCCGCCGGAUGCUGUCAGAAUUGAGGGCACGAAGAGAAUGGCUGUUCAUAAAGGCGAUAUUUAUUGCUUCUAGGCUGUUAAGACUUCUGCAGUUGAAACCUCCUAGAACGGUGCCGAUGCAUCCAUACAGCAAACGAGAGGAAUAUAUGAUCUGUCUGCUCUUAUAGGUUGCUGUCUGGUCAUAUUUGUACUUGCCCAUAGUUCUAAUGAGUAACAGGUGCAUUAUGUGAAUUAAAGUCAAUCCACAUUUAUGAUGAAACUAUGUUUAAGGCAUUUGUCUAGCAGAGGUAAAAUAUAGGCCUUAUCUCGAAAAGAAAUCAUACAAUAAAAAGGU